UCAAAUCUCACUUAUCUCAUAAGUCAUAAUACUUUUAUAGUAAGAGAGAUUAAUUAGCAGAGAGAAAGAGUGAUUAUUUCUAUUUUAGGAAAAUGGAAAAGGUUAACGAAAUUAGGAAUGCUCAAAGAGCCGAGGGUGCGGCUUGUGUCCUAGCCAUUGGGAGGGCUAACCCACCAAAUUUUAUACUCCAAUCCGAGUAUCCCGAUUAUUAUUUUAGGGUCACUAAAAGUGAACAUAUGGUUGAUGUCAAGGAGAAGUUCAAGCGCAUUUGUGACAAAACCAUGAUCAGGAAGCGCCACUUGUUUGUGACUGAGGAAAUUUUGAAGGCUAAUCCAAGCAUGAUAACUUAUGGAGAAGUGUCACAUGAUGCCCGUCGUCAAAUGACCGUAGAUUACCUACCGAAGCUUGGUAAGGAAGCUGCUCUUAAGGCCCUGAAAGAAUGGGGACAACCCAAGUCCCGGAUCACUCACCUUAUCGUGUACAACACCUUGGCCUUAUCCAUGCCUGGAGCUGACUAUGAGCUAGCAAAGGCUCUUGAACUUGACACCACAGUUCAUAGAACUGUAAUGUAUCUUGUAGGUUGUCAUGCGGGCCCUCAUAUUCUCCGCCAUGCCAAAGAUAUAGCGGAGAAUAACAAAGGGGCUCGUAUCUUGAUAGUAUGUGCUGAGAUCACAGCUGUUAAUUUCCAUGGUCCUUCUGAAACACAAAUUGAUUCCUUAAUAGGGCAAGCACUAUUUGGUGAUGGUGCUGCUGCCAUCAUUGUAGGAGCUGAGCCUGAUUACUCUAUUGAGAGACCAUGUUUUCAACUCAUUUCAGGAACACAAAGGACUAUACCUAACACUGAUGGUGCAGCCUUUUCUGAGAUCAUUAACAUGGGACAAACAUUUCAUCUUCGUAAGGAUCUCCCUUGUUUGAUUUCUGAUUAUAUAGAGGAGAGUCUAGUAAAUAUAUUCAAGCCCAUUGGUAUUACUGACUGGAAUUCCAUAUUUUGGAUCGCACAUAAUGGUGGUCCUGCUGUUCUGAAUGGUAUUGAAUCUGAGCUUAAACUAGACAAGGAAAAGCUGAAUGUGACUAGGCAUGUGCUUAGUGAGUAUGGUAAUAUGUCUAGUAUUGGGGUGUUGUUUAUGAUGGAUGAGAUGAGAAAGAGAUCAUUCGAACAAGGUAAGACGACUACUGGGUUAGGUUGUGAAUGGGGUGUUAUGUUUGGAUUUGGUCCUGGACUCACCAUUGAAGCCCUUGCCCUUCGCAGUGUUCCUCUCCUUGAUUAACGUAACUAUGUUUACUUGCCUACCUUUUAACUUAUUUCAACUGUUUUUAUUUUGGAAAAUUUGUAAUUAUUAAUCCAACCUUUGCCCGAUUUUCUUUAAUUAAGCCUACAUAUGCGAUAUUUCUAAAUAAUCCAACCUUUAUGACACAACUACUAUUAUUAAGCCUAACAAGUUACUAACCUGCUAUAGGCGGUAUUCAUCCUUACGUGACAUAUAACAAUUAUAAUUUUUUUCCCCCUUAUUUUCUUUAAUUGCUAUUUUAAUUUUCGUUCCUCUCUCCUCUGCGAUUUUCUGCUUCAUCUCUGAACUCCUCUCCAUUAUUUCUCUUCUACCUCUUCUCCACCAUUGUCGAUCCCUCAUACCUCUCCAUUCGAAGUUCAUAAAAAAUAAUCAGCAAUUUCUAUGGCUGGGGUAAAGCAAUUGCCUGUUAGAUCUGGAUCUUCUUCAAAUUCAAAGUUUUUUUUCUUUCUAAAUUAUCAACAGACCACAAUAACCAACAUCCCACAACAUUAAAAAAAACUAUAUUAUUGCAACAGCUCGGGUUUUUACGAACUGACCAUCAAGGAAGCCCAAAAUUCAAAAUUUAACAAAACAGGAACAAAAAUGCUAAGGUUCGUAAGUUCACCUUCAAUUGUACGAUUUUGGAGACGAAAUUUGAAUGCGCGUGGAUGAAGUCACCUAUUUCCACAAGAAACUCGUUGAUGAUGUCAUGAACCAGUAGAAUUGUGGUUGAAGCAGCAGUAAUGGAGGAGAGAGGAAUUGGAACACGGUACAGAGAAGAGAAGGGUUAAGGGUUUUUUGAAAAAAAAAUUAAAUCCUUGUUUAGGUGGCAAGUGAUGAUGACGUGUCCAAUAUUUUAGCAGGGAAACCAACUUUAGGUUGUCAACGUUUUUGACGUUGACUUUGUAGCAGGUAAUCGGUUAUCCAGGCUUAAUAAUAGUAGUUGGGUCAUAAAGGUUGGAUUAUUUAGAAAUAUCGCAUAGGUAGGCUUAAUUAAAUAAAAUCGGGCAAAGGUUGGAUUAAUAAUUACAAAUUUUCCUUGACUUUGUAGCAGGUAACCGGUCAUCCAGGCUUAAUAAUAGUAGUUGGGUCAUAAAGGUUGGAUUAUUUAGAAAUAUCGCAUAGGUUGGCUUAAUUAAAGAAAACCGGGCAAAGGUUGGAUUAAUAAUUACAAAUUUUCCUUUUAUUUUUAUGUUUACUUGUUUUUUGCAUCAAUAAUUAAACUUAUCCCCGCUUGUGAUGGGAUUGUAGCUACUAGCUAGGUUGGGUGUAUUAGUUGGAGCGAAUGUAAUAUAUAGUGUCACCACAAUGAGAAUAAUUAAUGGCUUGUAAUGAUUUUUAUAA